UCCAAAUACCUAAAAUAUUUGUAUCUGUGGGCCAAGGAGAGAAAAAAGGGGAUACAAGUUAUCUGUGAGAAGUUGGAGUUUGGGGCCAUUCCUUCCUAUGACCCACUGGAUAUUCUGAAGGUUUGUGAUGCAGCCUCAAUCCAGGAAUUGGCAAUAAACAUACGCUGGGAUAUAUAUACCCUUGCAUCACUAGCCCCUGGUGUGGGCCAGAUGAAAAACCUCCAGAAACUCCUUUUCAAGNAAAUCUACAUAUCUUGGGAUAGGCCUUGGGACCUAGAGAAGGAAGCCCAUAUUGUUUCAGAGAUNUUUUCNGAGUUCUCCAAACUGCAUAAGCUCCAGCAUCUCUAUCUGAAUGAUGUCUACUUCCUGACUGAACGCCUGGACUUAAUGCUCAGUUGCUUUGAGGGUCCAUUAGAGACCCUUGCCAUUACUCAUUGCACACUGUCAGAAUCAGACAUGAGUUAUCUGUCCCAGUGUCCAAGCAUCCACCAGCUCAAACACCUGGACCUGAGUGGUAUCACCUUGUUUUUAAGUCAUCCAUUCCUACAAAUCCUGCUAGAACGACUGACAGCUACUCUGCAGACAUUAAAAUUGAAGGGCUGUAAGCUCAUGGACUGGCAAAUCAGUGACCUCCUGCCUGUGCUGAGCCAGUGUUCCCAGCUCACUGAAGUUGAUUUUGUAGAGAACAUCUUUUCCAUGGACAGCCUGAAGAAGCUGCUGCAGCACACUGCCAACCUCACACAGCUGACCCUGGAGAAGUAUCCUGCCCCUGAUGAAGUCUAUGAUGACAGUGACGGCAUUAUUCCAGACAGAUUUGUGCAACUUUGUUCUGAGCUUCUGGACAUACUCAAGGGUGUAAGGAAGCCAAAGCAGGUCUACUUUGUGAGUAAGAGGUGUUUAUAUUGUCGGAAUUUCUAUGUCUACAGUUUUGUUGGGAAUAUAUAA